AUGUUAUUUUUUAUGUAUGUUUUCUUAAUUAUAAAAAUAGCAGAAUGUUCUCGAGUUGGUAGUACUUUGUUUUAUAAACGACUUGCUCAAGCGAACUGUUGGAGCGAAGGCGACUUAGCUAAAUUACGUGUAAGGAAAAUAAUUGAAGAAGUUAUGCCACCACCUGUUACACCAGAUAUUGUUAACGAUAAUUAUAUUAAAGAAUCGUUACAGUAUUUUCGAAAUACCUUUAAAAUAGUUGAUAAUAAUUCAGAUAAGGAUACCGUCGAAAUUCUUAAAGAAGCACUAGCGGAUACCAUAGGAGCACAUAUGAGGAGUGAAAUUCUCCCAACUGCUAGAUUUGCUUACUAUGCUGGAUAUGUCUCAUAUAGAAAUGUAAAGGAAUUACAUGAUUUCUUUGAUGACCUAAAAAUAUUGUUAAAUACGCAAGGUAUAGGUUGGAAAAAAGCUGACAGUAUUCCACCACGCACAAAUUUUACAGUUGAGAAGGUUCGAGUUGGUCCAACUUAUUUAUUUGAUCCAUGUGCCCGAUUAGUGACAAAACGUGAUUCAAACUCCUGUAUUCAUAUACCAGCGCCCAUGACAGACGAUCAUUUCCAACCAUCUGCAGUAGCUCUGCCAUGGAAAUCUAAUGGCUUAUUUAGUUUAGUAUCACCACUCUCAGAAAAUAUACUGCUAAAAUAUUACACAGCCGUUUCAAAGUGUAUAUUACACAACUCACCAGAUUCGUGCCGUCAUUCCGAUUUCGUAAGUUUUAACAAUGAUCUUUGGCAUUGGAUGAAAAGAGAUGUUGCGCCUCGGCUUACAGAUGAAAAACUUUACGCCGCUUACGGGGGAAUUUUAAGAAUAGCAGCAGCUGUUCAAAAUUAUGGAAAAGGAUUAAAUCGACGAAACCUUUUCGAUAUCCAAGAUCCUGGAAUAAUAAAAUGGCAUCCCUGGAAAACUCUUAAGGAAUCGUAUGUAUAUAUUAACACCGAUUGGACACCACAUAUGUACGUUGCGGUUAUAGUGAUGAUAGGAUUAGCUAUUUGUAUUCUACAGAUAUGUUACAGUUAUAUUACAGGUAACAAUGAUGGUUGUCACUGUAGAGGUAUACAUCGUCCUUCGACAAGUAAGGACGUAGCCUAUGCAAAAGUAGAUUCGAAUAUACCAGCCAUGUUGCCUUCUCACCAAAGCGCAGUUUAUUUUACUGAAAAAAGACGCCCAAAAAUAUCUUCAUCUAAAACAAAGUCUAUUUCUCUUGGAUCUUUAAAGAAACAAAAAGUAUAUGAUAUGCAUGAAAACACCGAAAAGCUCAUGGCAGUGAUAAUGAGUGAUAAUGAAGGUACGAGUGAAGAUUCUGCCAUAGUUGGUAGUGCUGGCGGUAGGAUAAUUGAUAAUACAACAGAUAAAGACCAUUUAGAGAGACCAAAGAGUCCGCCAAAGAUUGAAACGCCGAUUACUCAAAUGAAAAUCGAAAAGAAACUUACCAAGAUUAGAGCUCGUGUACCAAUGUAUUCAACUAGUACGGUAACAAAUUCAGAACAAACAUGUCUAGGUGUACACGCGACAGAUUCUUGGACUGGUUCAUGUAGCUCCACUUCAACACAUUCUGCUAGUUCGGCUAGUACGAAAUCCAGAUUUCGUAAAUCCAAAAGCUCUCGUGACCUGGCGUGGGCGCGGCGUGUGGCCUCAAAACAUUCUCUACGUGCGAAAUCUACUUCUGGUACAGAACUCGAUAUUAAUUCAUACACGACACCACCAUCGAAACGGUAAAAUGGAACAAUUACUCUUCGUAAAAUCUAUACAUGAUUUUUAGGAGAUUUGAUUUUAUAGAAUUACUAUGUAUUGUCUAAGGUAUAUU